UCUCGCACUCUUCUCACAGACCACACCUGCAUCGCCUUCGCAUGCGCCCACAAACCACUCUCUUUCUCCCUUCGCAAUCCCUAUCGCCUCUUCUCCUCUGAAUCUCUGUGCUGCUCGGAGCGGAAGCCAUGGAUUCUUCUCGGGCUUUCCUCAGGGACGUCAAGCGUAUCGUCGUCAAGGUAGGAACAGCCGUGGUUACUCGAUCUGAUGGAAGAUUAGCAGUUGGCAGACUUGGAGCUCUCUGCGAGCAGCUCAAACAUUUGAACUCCCAAGGCUUUGAAGUCAUUCUGGUUACCUCAGGUGCUGUUGGUGUUGGCCGCCAGCGGCUUAAAUACAGGAGAUUGAUCAAUAGCAGCUUGGUUGAUCUCCAAAAACCACAACUUGACCUUGAUGGAAAGGCUUGUGCAGCUGUUGGACAGAGCAGUCUCAUGGCCCUUUAUGAUACUUUGUUCAGCCAGCUAGAUGUGACCUCUUCUCAACUUAUUGUGACAGAUAAUGAUUUUAGAGAUCCAGAUUUCAGAAGGCAACUUUCUGAAACAGUGAAAUCAUUAUUUUCUCUGAGGGUUAUUCCUAUUUUCAAUGAAAAUGAUGCAGUUAGUACUAGGAGAACUCCAUAUGAGGAUCCUUCUGGUAUAUUUUGGGAUAAUGACAGUCUGGCAUCUUUAUUGGCACUGGAACUGAAGGCUGACCUUCUUGUUUUGUUGAGCGAUGUAGAAGGUCUGUAUAGUGGCCCUCCAGAUGAUCCACAUUCAAAGCUCAUCCGCACAUAUGUGAAGGAAAAACAUCAAACAGAAAUCACAUUUGGGGACAAGUCUAGAGUAGGAAGGGGGGGUAUGACUGCAAAAGUAAAAGCUGCUGUUUAUGCAGCUUAUUCUGGCACCCCUGUUGUCAUUACAAGUGGCUAUGCCACCGACAACAUCAUUAGAGUGCUUCAAGGCGAGCGUAUUGGUACUCUCUUUCAUAAAGAUGCCCAUUCAUGGAGCCCACUUAAAGAAGCCAGUGCACGUGAGAUGGCAGUUGCAGCACGUGAGUCCUCCAGACGGCUUCAGGGCCUACUUCCAGAAGAUCGGAGGAAAAUUUUGCUGGACAUAGCUGAUGCCUUGGAGGCUAAUGAAAGCUUGAUAAGGAAUGAGAAUGAGGCUGAUGUUGCUGCGGCAAUGGAGGGUAGAUAUGACUCAUCAUUGAUAUCUCGUUUGUCCCUAAAGCCUGAGAAGAUCUCCAGUCUUGCAAAAUCUGUCCGUGUACUUGCAGACAUGGAAGAACCCAUCGGCCGUGUUUUGAAGAGAACUGAGCUUGCAGAUGGACUCGUUUUGGAGAAGACAUCAUGUCCUUUAGGUGUGCUUUUGAUAGUUUUUGAAUCUCGACCUGAUGCACUAGUGCAGAUAGCUUCACUAGCAAUUCGUAGUGGGAAUGGUUUACUGCUGAAAGGAGGAAAAGAGGCUAAGAGGUCAAAUGCAGCCUUGCACAAGAUUAUUACUGAAGCUAUACCCGAUACUGUUGGUGAGAAACUUAUUGGACUUGUCACCUCAAGGGAUGAAAUUCCUGAUCUGCUCAAGCUUGAAGAUGUGAUAGAUCUUGUGAUCCCUAGAGGCAGUAACAAACUUGUUUCCCAAAUCAAGGAUUCAACAAAAAUUCCUGUUCUUGGUCAUGCUGACGGAGUAUGCCAUGUUUAUGUUGACAAGUCAGCUAACAUUGAUAUGGCAAAGCAAAUUGUUUUGGAUGCAAAGAUAGAUUAUCCUGCAGCCUGUAAUGCUAUGGAAACACUCCUUGUACACAAGGAUUUAUCAAAAAAUGGAGGCCUUAACGAACUUAUUGUGGAACUUGAGCGUGAAGGUGUAACUCUGUUUGGUGGACCGAGAGCAAGUGUUUUGUUAAACAUGGCAGAGGCUCGUUCCUUCAACAAUGAGUACAAUUCCACAGCAUGCACAAUUGAAAUUGUCGAUGACGUGCAUGCUGCAAUUGACCAUAUAAAUCAUCAUGGAAGUGGCCAUACUGACUGCAUAGUUACAGAUGAGCAUGAUGUUGCUGAAGUAUUUCUGCAUCAAGUUGACAGUGCUGCAGUUUUCCACAAUGCCAGUACACGGUUUUGUGAUGGAGCACGGUUUGGACUCGGUGCAGAGGUUGGAAUAAGCACGGGCAGGAUUCAUGCUCGGGGUCCGGUAGGAGUUGAAGGACUGCUAACAACUAGAUGGAUAUUGAAGGGGACUGGGCAAGUAGUGGCUGCUGAUAAAGGGGUCUCUUACACCCACAGGGAUCUCUCCGUGCAGUCCUAACUGUGCGUCAAGCAAUUUAUGCUGGACACAGCUGCAAACGAGGAAAGAUAAAAGUCUAUCAAUUUGUUGCCUGAAAUUUUCUGUCAGCGGCUAAUUGACUUUGUAUUAUUUAGAGCUUAUAGGAGGUGCGGGUUGGGGCAGAGAUAGAGAUAUGACUCUGUCUUGCUCAUCGCAUCAGGCCAGCAUGUUUUGAAGUCUGGGUUUUGGGUAUGUCUAGUAGUAGUAUUUUUUCACCGAGUAUCUACAUCUAUACCAUAUGUAGAAGUAUGGAUGCGCUACAUUUAAUCUGGGUAUUUUAUUCUUUCAUCUAUCGCCAUGUCGUUGAAAUAAAUUGAAGAUUCAUCGAAGAAAA